UUGGUUUAGUCUGUAUUUUUAUCCCCUCAGACGAACGGGAGACCUCCGCCAUCGGUGGAAAUUGAGAUAUGUGUUUUCUGAACCGCUCGUCUCCUGAACGGAUGCCUGUACCGAGAUGGUUUAUUUACAAAAACAGACUGCUUCCAGUCAACAGAGAGGGGGAUCGCAGACAGGGAUGCUUUUUAUAUGACACUUGUGAGAAGAAGGAUAUGAAGAAAAGAAGAAAUAUUAAAUGAUUUUUUAAUUGGUGGGCACCGUACCAUAUCGGAUGGAUGUGAACCGAUACUGAACGGGUGCUUUUGAGUGGAAUACUGAAUUCUUCUGGGUCGUGUUGAUUUUAUUUGCUGAUUUUUCAUUCAAUAUUGACGGGAUACUACCGAGUGGUGAAGGCGGUGAAUUGAUGUGGGAAUACACAAUAGCUUGGCUGUAUAGAUGGCAAACACAAGUGAGUUUGGGGAGAGCAACCCGUCCCUACAGAACUACGCGUCCACGGCCUCUGCGGUCAAGCUGGCCUCCCUGGGUCUGAUCAUGGGCAUCAGCCUGGUGGGCAACGCGUCACUGUCGCUGCUGCUGCUGAAGGACAGCUCGCUGCACAAGGCUCCCUACUAUUUCCUGCUGGAUCUCUGCCUGGCAGACGUGGUCCGCUCCGCCGUGUGCUUCCCCUUCGUGAUGGCGUCCAUCAGCCAUGGGUCUGCCUGGCCGCACAGCCCGCUGAGCUGCAAGAUCGUCGCCUUCAUGUCGGUGCUCUUCUGCUUCCACGUCGCCUUCCUGCUCUUCUGCGUCAGCGUCACCCGGUACAUGGCGAUCGCCCAUCACCGGUUCUACUCCAAGCGGAUGACUCUGUGCACGUGCGUGGCGGUGAUCUGCAUGGUGUGGACUCUCUCCGUGGCCAUGGCGUUUCCUCCGGUUUUCGACGUGGGCACCUACAAGUUCAUCCGAGAGGAGGAGCAGUGCAUUUUCGAGCACCGCUACGUGAAAGCGAACGACACCCUGGGCUUCAUGCUGAUGCUGGUCGUCAUCGUCGGCACGACUCAUGUGGUCUACGUGAAGAUGCUGUGCUUCGUGUAUGAUCACCGAAAGAUGAAGCCGGCCCAGCUGGUGCCGGCCAUCAGCCAGAACUGGACCUUCCACGGUCCCGGAGCCACCGGGCAGGCAGCCGCCAAUUGGAUCGCCGGCUUCGGCCGCGGUCCCACCCCGCCGACGCUGGUGGGCAUCAGGCAAGCGUCUCACCCCGGGAACAGGAGGCUGCUUGUCCUGGAUGAGUUUAAGAUGGAGAAACGGAUCGGGAAGAUGUACUACAUGAUCACACUGUCAUUCCUCAUCCUUUGGGCUCCUUACAUAAGCGCCUGCUACCUGAGGAUAUUUGUGCGUGGCGCUCCGGUGCCGCAGCUCUACCUGACCGCGGCGGUGUGGUUGAGCUUCGCCCAGGCAGGCGCAAACCCCAUCAUCAGCUUCCUAUUCAACAAGGAGCUCCGGAUGCGCCUCAGAGCCUGUCUGCCCUGCUGCCUCGGCACACAGACACCCAUGGAGCCAUACUGUGUCAUCUGAACGCUCCUGUGCCCAAUGCUGCCAAAGAUGCAUUUCAUGUUGCUGCAGAAUGUAGGCUACAGUUUGGGCCCCAAAAUGUAUUUAUGCGUAAAGACAGAAAGGAACAGUGAAGGGCACAGUUCAGCCUAGCUACUUUUUUUAAAAUGGUGGAAUAGAGUUUACCCACCUUUUUUAGGCGGACACAAAUCUUUUUAUGGUGUGUUGAUGGUUUGCAUCUUUGUUCGUGGUAUCAAAUUGGUUGAAGUUAAGACGAUAGAGCCUUUCAUGGGGACAAAAACAUAAUUUUAUGGAAGUAUCAUUGAUCUCUGUUUAUAUUGGUGGUUGUUUGCCUUAUGAUACACUUGGAAGUCAUAGUCAACCCACCUUUUUGCUUUACCACUAUAUCACUGCAGGUAGAUGACUUUCAUUCCAAAUAUAGUGAAGGAUAUUUUUAAGUAUGUGUCACUAUUUUUGGACACUUUUCCUUCUGUGCCCUGUUGACAUCACACAGUAUAGCAGUGGAAAUUUUGGCCACUCCAGCUACAUUUUGAAUGAAUGUCAUCCACAUGUACAAAGUGGCCAUUUUUUGUAUAUUUUGAAAUAUAUUUCUAACUAAACAUAUACUGAGGUAUAUAUAUGAAAUGUAUUUUUUUUUCUUCAGUAUUUGGAGGUGUUUGUCUGUUGCAGACUGAUGGCUGAAAAUAAAUGAACUGUCUCAAAACUAUGAAGCAUAUGGUCAGCAGAAUGGUUAGGAUCCAUUUCUCUGUUGCUUUGUGUCUAGCUUCUUUAACGCACAUAAUCAGUUUGUGUUUUUUCCUGUUUAUUGAUCAUUUGGAUAUCACAAGAGCAUAAAGACCUCAGUAUAUUUUUUAGUGAAGACAGUGUACAACAUGUUUGUAAAUACUGUAAAGCUCUGUUUCCCUUUCCUCUUCUUUUUUUUUUAACCAGAUAUGUUGUAUAUUUCAUAAACUCUUAGAAUUCUUUCUGUGACCAAGGUGUUAAAACUCACUUUAAAAGUCCUUUGCAAAUUCAUAUUCUUCAUGGAUAAAUUGUGUUGAUGAGAGAUGGGUCCCCACCUAUUCCUUGUAAGAUAUACAAAUAUCAUUUUUUUCUAUGGCCAUGGACUCUGGGACUCUGGAAGAUGGUGAUGACUUGGUGCUUUGAAGAGAUGUUUGCAUUGUUAAUGA